AUGGACUGGCUGGGUAGAGCCAAAAUCCGAUUCACGCAUGCUGCCUCCCCGCUGAAGCUUGAGCGUAGAGACGGCGAAUCGACGGACCUGCUUCAAGUUUGCGAGCAGUCAAUACCACCUUGCAAUUUGAACCCUCUCCUGUUCAAUGGGCAUCUUCAGACUCUCUGGGCGACUGUCAGGCAAGAUGCACCUCCGAUAUACUACAAGCGCCGAGUAUUUGAAGCGGACAAUAGAAAAUAUCACGGCACAUUUGCGGUAGACUUUGUGGUCAAUCCUUUCGCUGAGGUUGAUAACUUUCUGCCCCCAAGAACCGUUUUUUACACGGACGAUGAGUUCCAGGCAGUUGGUUCAGACGAUACAAAGCCCCAGCUUAUUGUGCUUCAUGGUAUGACUGGAGGAUCGUACGAACCUUACCUACGCCACUGCAUCGCGCUGCUCAGGGAAGGCUGGAGCAUAUGUGUCGUCAACUCUCGGGGCUGCGCUGGCAGUAAAAUAACCAGCGAGGUUCUGUACAAUGCCCGGGCGACUUGGGAUUUCCGACAAGUGGUGGCGUGGUUCAAGCUGAAGUUCCCUAAUCGGCCCCUUUUUGGCUUGGGUUUCUCUCUUGGUGCCAACAUGCUUACAAAUUAUUGCGGAGAAGAGGGCGAGAGGUGUCUCUUGAAGGCUGCAGUUGUCUGCUCCAAUCCCUUCAACUUGGAGGUGGUCAGUCGUGCCCUCUUACGAACAUAUAUUGGAAAAUUCGCCUACUUAAGAGCUAUGGGAGAAACAGUGAAAGAAUUUACGCAGAAUAACGAGAGAGAGAUAAAAUUAUAUACCGAUAUAGACUACGACCUAAUUAUGAACAUCACAACUCUAACGGAGUUUGAUACAGAGGUCCAUUGCAAGACUUGGGGAUAUCCUACCGUUUUCUCAUACUACCGUGAUGCCUCUUCAAGCGACUCGGUCCUUGCAAUCAAGAUUCCAUUCUUAGCUCUACACGCAGUAGACGACCCCAUUGCAGUAGAUGAAGCCAUACCUUAUGAGGAGUUUUCGAAAAAUCCUCACACGAUUCUCUGUACAACUUCGCUUGGUGGUCAUCUCGGCUGGUUUGAACCUAAUGGAGAUCGCUGGCAUGCUAAGGCAGUGAGAAAUUUCCUCAACAAGUUUGCCUUCGACAUCGAAUUUGAUCAUAAGUCUCAGGACUCUGAUUAUAGGAUGAAGAGUUCCAAGGAAUCAAUGUCUUUUGAUCCAAUGAGAAGAAAAGUCAAUACAUAA